UUUUAAGAGAAUAUGUUACGAAAUAUGAUCGUAUGAUGUAUUUUUAAUAGUCAUUUCAGUUCUCAGAUUAAAUUAGUGCUGUUGAACGUAGUUAGAGUUAAAGAUUAUAACUGCAAGAAAGAAGAAAAAAUUAUCACCCGGAAGUGAUGUCAUCAUCAACCUUUGCCCUACAAUACAAUGGCGGGUGCUGAUAUAGAAGAAGAGAUUUGUGCAUUACAGAAGGAAUUAAGUUGGUUGUUGAAUGAAGAACUUCAUCAUGUCCUUCAGCAAGUGCAGUACACUUUAACUGAAUGUAAUCAACGAUUCCUUACUGAUAAAGACAAAGAAUCCAAUAAAGAUGACUCAACUGUUUGCCAUAUCAAACCACAGAAGAUAUUACUGUCUGGCCCAAAUGGAACUGCUCACAUUAAAUGUGUCUUGACAUUAUUUGGUGAUAACAUAACUGAAGCGGAUAUAAACUUCAAACAUAAACAAGGAAACCAUCAUAGUUUAUUCAAGACUUCGAUACAUCAGAGUUUACCCUGGAAAUUACAGCAAAUUCAAGAUGCAUACAACCAUCUAAAAUCUGCAGCAUAUUGCAUAUCUUUAAAAGAAAAUUAUGCUUUUAAGUCUGUCAGAGAAGUUACUUUGUUUAUUGAUGAAGUCAUGGAAAGUAUUAAAAAAGGAAGGACUUGUUUGACAUUUCCUCGUCGUAAAUCUGUUGAAGAAUUGUUAAAUAAUCAAAAUAUGCAAGUAUUUCACCCAGCUGUACCAAAUACUGUUGCUUUAAGUUUUUACAUCCAUACAUCCAAAUUGAUACUUGCUCUGUAUCAGAUACAUCGCAACAAUCAAAAAAUAGAAGUUUUGUCACGACACCAGGUCGAAUGUACUGUAAAGUGGUUAAAUGAAGCCAUUAUGUUGUUUACUCUUGCAAUUCAACAAUUACAGCAACUGAAAGACAAGAUUCAGUCACUGCAGUAUUUUGAAGAAACUUCGCAUUUUAUAAAUGUAAAAUCCUGAUAAUACGACUGUGGAGAGUCAGUCAUUCAAACUCUCCUGCAGUUCGUCUAUGCAUUCCAAGUCAAGUAAAUCUUUACAUUGUGUUUCCCAGUGAUCAUUCCAAACAGAUAUUUAUUAUAAAUGAACUGAUCUCAUCAAAUGACCACUACAUAAUAUAUCAAUCAGCAAAUUAGUAGUGUUUUAGUCACUUCUACUAUGUACAGUAGAUAUAGACAUUGAAAACCAAAAGCCGCAAAUUUUUUAAACAUCACUUGAUGAAGCCAUGUUUUUAAUGUAAUAAUUAUUAAAUCUAAUGCCUUCAUUUUAUUGAAAUUUAAAUGUCAUUUGAAAUUUCUAAAUGUUGCUGAAUAUAUCGAGUAAUAUAUUCAGUGAAACUCAUUAAAAAAAUAAAAUGAAUACUGUGUUACCAAAUAUUGAAAAGUAACUGCACUUGUUUCAUUUUACUACACUGACAAUUAUAUAAGUAAACUUUAAUUGUACAAAAUCAAAUCUUAUAUAAUCAAGUCAUGAAGAAAAAAUUUCCUUUGCUAGAAAAAUUAUGAGAUGAUUUCAUCUAAGAGGAAGACUUGGCACAAUUGAGUACUGUUUAAUUGUUGUCGCUGUUGUUGUUGUUGAGCAGCCCAGUCAGCACUAUUUGAGUAAGCCUAUGGCUCAGUGAUUGAUAAUCAAAGAUUUGUUCCAUCAUUGCUUUAACUUGGGUUAACCUGCCUUUGUGGGCAUGUUGUCCUAAAAUUUGACUUAAACAUGUGAUUCUUGUUUUAUAGAUGGUAGCAGAGAGUUUGUUAAAAGGAAUUUGGUUGGUUCAUUGAGCAAGUUGGGCAACUUAUAUUGUUUUAAUUUUAAAGCACAAGAAUAUUAUGUAAAUUGAGUAACAACGAGUUUGAUUUUUCUAUUUAGAUGCUAUUUCUAAUUAAACAGAUGAAUUGAUAAAUUCAAACUUUCACAUAUAUGUGUUUACUGUAAUUGCAUCUAUAAUUUAAAUCUAUUAUCAUCAAAUAUAUUAAUUUGUAUAUAAUUAUUAUAAUUGAUAGUCUUAUUCAUAAAUGUUUACCAAAGUACAUUUAUUGCUAUCUAAAAUUUUAUUUUAUUUUGCUUUUAUUUAAGAAAAGGACCAAAUUGAGAGCAAAUUCUGAUUAACAUUAUUAGUAAAAUUAUUUUAUAGCAAUAAUCACGAAGAGAUUCUGAUAGGAACUUAUUUUCUAGAAUAGGUGAAAUAACUUAGGUCUAUUCUUUCCCCUCCAUAAAACUAAACUACAUCUGUAAUAAAAAAAUUAAUUUUUUUUUUUAAUAUACAUACAUAUCAGUUCCUUUAUUAUUACAAUUUUUAUUAUUAAUUCUGGAUAACUUGGCAAGUUGACAGAAUUGUUAAAACUUCAGAAAAAAAUGUUUCACAGUAUUUGUUCCAGUUCGAGUCUCAACAAGAUUAACUUUGCCUUUUAUCCUUUUCAGAUAAAAAAAAAAUAGUUCUAGUCUAAAAUUGCUGGUCUUCUACCUAAGAGACCAUUAUAUAUAACAUUUAGUGAGGUUUCCAAAAUUUUAGUUUUUGAUUACUUUUAGCUGGUUUCUCUAAAUGGCUCUGUAAAAUAUGACUUUCAACAAUGUAAUGGUGGUCAUUACAGCAGCAGAUUCUCAUUUAUUUGUGUAUUUUGUUUCAAGUUAUAAAUAAAUGUUAGCUUUGAUGUUACUUUCAUAGAUUGUCAAUCUGAUAAUUACAAAAAUAUAGAAGUGAAUAUUAAUAGAAAAAAUUAUUUUUGUUGUAAUAGGAACAUCAGUCAAGUUUAUUUGUCUUAUGGAAGUGUGAUAAGUAAUUACUUACUUCCAUUAAUAAAUUAUUAUUAGCUUUAUGGACUUGAGGAUUGUAUAUUUCCAAGCUACAUUCAUUGUAGAAUUUCAGGUUGGUAGUAUAAGUCAACAAAACACUUUGCAAAUAUACAGUAUUCUCAGUACAUAAAGUAAGUUGUACCACUCCAGAUGGAUUGGGCUAAUAAGAGUUAAAUCUUUCCUAUGGAUGUAAUACAGCAGUAUUAGUGGGACAUAAAUUGUUAAGACUAGCUGAUAGCUCCAAUUAGAAUAUAUAUGAUAAAUAUAUUGGCUGGACACAAAUUUUUUGUUUUUGAGAUAGUGUAGAAUAUUUAAAGUACUAACUGUGCUCAGGUUAUUACAUAAUCUAGUCAAGACUACAUAUUGUUAAAAUAUCAUUUUACAAAAGAAAAAAUGCCUAGGAAAUUGGUAGCAGUUAUUUCUGUAAAAGAAAGAAAAAUAAAAAAAGAACAUUUGAAAUUGUCAAACUGCAAGCAAUGUAGAGGUGAAAUUUUAUACUUUUAGGGUUGUGAUACAAAUAUUAAAAAACAAGUCACCAAAGAAAUACAUUUUGGCAUGCUGAUAGUCUGUGAUAAAAUGUUAUUUUGGCAAUUUGAAAAAGGAGUCUUGAAUAAAACAAGGAAUAUGUUUUGAAUAGUCUCAAUUAUAGAGUGGUUUAUAAGAAUACUGGCUAAAAUUUGUCUUGAUAAGAGAUGGAUAUCAGGAAUCCAAAUAGUUGCCAAUUACUUUUAUUGAGUUUUGGAGGGGUGGGGAAGUGUAUAUAUUUAAAUUCAAUUGCUCCCAUUUCAAUGAUUUAUACAAAUGAUAAUUUAAUAGUUAAAAUAACUAUUUAAACUAAUAAUGUUGAGAUUAGAGUUUACUAUGAGUGCAAUUGAUUAAAAUAACAAAACCAAAGUUCUGUAUAAUUAAACUUAUAUUCUGUAUAUCUAAAUUAAUUAUUUUUUUUUCUAUGGUUCCAAAUAACAUUUAAGAUGUUUUUUAAUGUGUAUUUAUUAUAUAUUGAUAGAAAGUAUGAAGAUUGAAACACUGCCUCAUGUAAUAUUUUGUCUUAAGCAUAAUAGUUAAUUUAAUAAAUAUUUACAUUUAGACAUUCAAAAGUAGUUGUCAAGAAAUAUAUCAUUUUAUUUUUUGUUAUGCAGUUUUAAUUUUUCAUACAUAAUUGGAAGGACCAUUUUUUGUAAUAAUCAUAUAUGAAAAAGGAACUUUUUUCCAAUCUUUUGUUGCAAUAAAUUUAUAAAAAAAAAAAAUGAUAGAAAAAUAAAAUUUGUUAUUAUCAACAUAUUUUAAAAUCUCUUUUUGAAACAUUUUUUCACUUAAAAAAAUUAUAAACAACAUGUAAAGUUCAAAAUACACUGACUCUUGAUAUUACUUUCUUUUUAUUUUAAGAAACUUUAUUUGUAAUUUAAUUUUCAUGCUAUACCUGUGCAUAAGGUGACAGUAUUUUUAUGCUUUAUAUUAUUGCUUUUUUACAUUUCAUUGUCAUCUGGGAGUAUACAUAUAAUUAUGCCAUAUGCUUUAUAUCUGAAUAUUAUUUCAUUGUUUUAUCAUAUUUUAGUCAAGUUUUGUACUAUAAAAUGCAAGCACCAUGAAGUAGUAGUAAGUUACUGAAUCUGUAAUACAGAGUCAGUUUCUGGUCAAACUUUCAUUUGCUAUUUGGAAUUUCUAAAUUAUGGUUAAUAGCAUUAAGAGGCAUGAUUUAAUCAUAUUGUAAUUUAACCAUUGCUAGUGACCAGGUGGUUCAUUAAGAAUUGUUGAUGAACUACCUGGUCACUAGCAAAUGUUAAAUUAUAAUAUAGUUAAACUAUUCCUCUCCAUGCUUUUGACCAUAAAGUUAAAAAUCUAAUUUCAACUCUUAAGCUCACUUUUGUCCUCCCUAUUUCUCUUCAGAAAAAAAAUCCUAGUAUUCAGUAAUGCUUAUAAUAAUGAUUUCAAAAUAUGGCACAAAGCCACAAGUUUGUAAGAGAGGAUCAUAGAGAAUUGAAUUGACCUCAGAUACAAUUGGUAAGUAUCUAAUCAUCAGUAUUUCAUUAUAUCCAACAUUUGCUGCAAUUACAAUACAACCAAACACAGAGGGUGUACUAAAUAAUUUGAAGUACUUGUGUUCAAGUCAUUCUAUGAACUUGGAGAGAACAGUUAGAAAUUGUUCAGGUGAGAACAGGAGUCACCUUUGUCACUCAUGUCAAUAGAUCUUGAACCUGGUUUUGACUCUGAAUAUAUAAUACAUCAGAAUCUAAUCACCUUUGGAAGUCAGCAUGAAAAACACCUAAGAAAUUCACAGCUUGAGCUUGCAUUAACACAUACACCUUAGCAAAAUGAUUAAGUCUCUAGGGCAGGUUGCUUAUGUCACUAUGUAGUCAAUAUGGUAAACCAAGGGCAUCAAGGUCUUUGGGUUUUGUUGGCCAGAUGGAAGCAAAAACUAGAUCUUGCAGACUGGUAGAGACAAUCAUUACUUCGAAAAACAUAAUGUAGGCUGCAGGAGUCUAUGUACAUUAUAACUUUAUUAACAAGAAAGAAUAUGAGUUGUUAGCAAAAUUUGUAUGUAGAGAUAUGCAAGGAAAAACUCACCCACAUGGUAUAUAUAUAUAUAUAUAUAUAAUCCUAUUAAGUAAGAGAUCUUAGAGUGAGAAUGGAGUUAAAAUAUUGUCCAAAUGAAUGCAACAAGAUCUGGAUACAACAAAUGCUUGGUAGAAAGUUAGACCUAUUUCAACAGGAAAACCUUUCAAUAUCACUAGAAUCCAUUUGAGGAAAUAGGUUGCAUGUUUUAGUGUAUGUAUUUAUAAGCUUUCUCAUUGGUUGAAAUAAAAGAAUCUGUGAGGUGCUCUAAUUUGAAUAAUUGGAACCAUAAUUGUGCUUGUAACUAGGCUCCAACUUUGAAUGCAUACUAGUGCUGUAUAUUUUACAGAAUAUUUUUUAAAAAAUGAGCCAGGAACUUAGAUUAAAUAUAGCCGAGAGCCAUAUAUUUGACAUCCCUGUUGUAAACAAAUAUAAGUUGAUUGCAUGAAUUAAAACAAAUACAGUCAUUUAUGGAGAAUUCAAUUUUGCUAGAAGAUAAACACCACUAUAACAAAACAUGUUAAAUUGCUCAUCUCUACCUGAACCUUUUUACUUGUUUGUGCACUGAUUAGUUGGCAGAAAUGCUGAAAAAAUUCACUGUAUUUCCAGAAGUAUAUGGUUACAAAAAAAGUAAACCAUGAACACUGAAGGGAUAUGAUCAAGAAAUGAGGCUGGCUUUAAGUUGCAUUUUUACUAAAUAUGGAAAAAGAAAUCAUAGUGCAGAGAGAAAGUUUCAUGUGUUGGAAAUAUAAAAGAAGUCAAGACAGUGCCAAAAGCUAUGCUAAACAGUCACCAAAUGAGAAAUUGGUGAGACUGGUGAGCAAAUUAUAUGCAAAUGAUCUUGUUAUUUGCCAGGCUAUUAGAUAAAAGCAUUACAGCUAUUCAUGGAUACAAGAAUAUAAAUCGUAAGGUUCCACAUUUCAGCUGGGCAUAUACAAGAUUCAUGAAUAAGAAUAGGUACAUUACCAAAAUGGUAGUAAUGAUUGUCUCAAGAAGCCAUUCUGUGGAUAUUAUAGAUGUGUAUUGUUAAUAAAGUUCAUUAAAAUCAUAUCAUAAAUGUUUACUUUAUUCAAACACUAUCAAAUGAAUUUAUAUGUACACCUAUAACCACUUUACAUAGUAUACUGGGAACCUUUUUUCAUUCCCCCAGCACUUGUGGGGUGGCUAUGCAGCUUGCUAGACUAUGAACUCUGAUAUUCCUUUACUAUUUUCAGUCAUUGAACAAUGGCCAUACUGAGCAAACCUAGAUAGAAUUUGAACUCAGAACAUUAAGGAUUUACCCAAAUACCUCAGAGUGUUUUGUUUGAUGCUCUAUUGAUUUUUUCUCUUUUUUUUUUAAAGAGGAAAGGCAACAGCUAUUCUGAAAUGUACAGUAAAUGUGACUCGAUUAAAUAAACUUGUUCCACACAAUGAACAAA